GCGGCGGCGGCAGAAGCAGCGGCGGCGGCGGCGGCGGCGGGAGCCAAAGAGGAGGCUGCGGACGCUGGUUAGAAACCGGGGGACCCCGGAGUGCCCGCGCUCUGAGCGCUCAGCCCCGGAGGCGAGCACUUGCUGCACGCCCUCUUGUCAUCCUCCUGGCUCCUUCCCUAAAAGUCAUGGCCGAGUACGGGACCCUCCUCCAGGACCUGACCAACAACAUCACCCUUGAGGAUCUGGAGCAGCUCAAGUCAGCCUGCAAGGAGGACAUCCCCAGCGAGAAGAGCGAGGAGAUCACCACUGGCAGUGCCUGGUUCAGCUUCCUGGAGAGCCACAACAAGCUGGACAAAGACAACCUCUCCUACAUUGAGCACAUCUUUGAGAUCUCCCGCCGUCCUGACCUACUCACUAUGGUGGUUGACUAUAGGACUCGUGUGCUGAAGAUCUCUGAGGAGGAUGAGCUGGACACCAAGCUAACCCGUAUUCCCAGCGCCAAGAAGUACAAAGACAUUAUCCGGCAGCCUUCUGAGGAAGAGAUCAUCAAAUUGGCCCCCCCACCGAAGAAGGCCUGAGCAAGGGGAAGAGGAGGAAGGUUGGACCUUCACCGGACCACUCCCUUCCGCCAUUCUCUGAGGGAGGGGCAAGGGCACCCCCCCCAAUCUACCCACUUACUAACCUGGUCCUAACCCCCUUAUUGUGCGUAUGUGUGCGUGUGCGCACGCUGUCUGUCUGUAUGUCUAGCUCAUCUAGUUCCUCCUCCCUGUCACGGGCAGGGGGGUCAGGGGCUGGGGGAGGAGGGCUUCAUUUCCCCACUCUGAAGGGAGGUAGGGGCUAUUUCUAUGUAAAUAGAAAUUGGCACAUUCCUUCUACUUCCCUUUCCUCCACUCUCCCCCCACAUCUCUAAAGUGUGGGAACAGAAAGGACCUGCAUUUUCUUGCAGCAAAAGCAGAGGUGAGGGUGAGGCAUGGGAAAAGUGGGUGGAUCUAAGGAAAACCAGUCUGGAGGGAGGGUGAAGAGGCCACCCAACCCCCAGCUGGGAAGGGGCAAGGAAAAGGCAGAGAUCAGUGUUUGCACCCCCACGCAGGAUGGGACGAUCGAAGUUUCCAGACGUUCCUCAGGUUGGAAGGCCUGGGCACCAGCAGGUCCCUUUUUGUACCCCUCUCAUGGGCUGAGGAUGACUGUGAGCCAGGGAUCUAAUGCAAGAGGACCACUGGAUCCUUUCCUGGUCCCAAAGAUCAAACCCCAGAGAGCGCCCUGCAUUAUACACUCCCCACCCCACCCUGGAGAGACUGUGCUGGGAGCAUGCAUCACUGAGCCGGAGAUGGGGAUGAGGGCAGAGAGAGGGGCCCCCUUUUCCACUCCUUUAUCCCUACUCAGACUAUUGCACAUCUGGACCCUAAAGCUGGGGAGCUUGGGGAAUGAGAUCCUUAGGUUUUUGGCCCAAUCCAGCCCUCACCUCCAGGGUCCCACUGUGGUUACUGCAGGCAUCCUUCCUUCUCCCUUGGUCUAUAACACCCCCAGGCCAGAAAGAAGGGAAGAAGUUAGUUUUCCUUUGCACUGAUCCCCAACCCAAUUCAGUACAGGAAGGGAUGUGGUAACCCCUCUCCAAUAUCCUGGCCCCCUUGGGCUUGUGGAUGUCUCCUAGCCAAAUCACCAUAGUGGGUGACCCCAGCCUCCUGCCUGUCCCAAGAUGCCCCUCCCUACCCCGACCGUGCUAACUGUGUGUACAUAUAUAUUCUACAUAUAUGUAUAUUAAACCUGCACUGCCAUGUCUGCCCUUC